AUGCCAACGAUGAAGGAUCUUUUCACUCCCAUCGAUGAGCUGAAAAAAGAACGGAGCCGUCGUAACAGUCAGGUAUUUUCAUGCUGGUGUCUUUGGGGUAACGGUAAUGUGUGGAAAACUCCAGUCAUGGCUCUUGAUGAAGGAUCUCGCCGUGUAUAUGGAACUGCUCCGGAAUAUCAGUUGAUUUCUGAAGUGAGAUCUAUAAAACUAAAGAAAAAGCUACGAACAAGCGAAAAGGGACGAUGUCAAAGGAAGAAGCUCGAUUUGCCUCAGUACAGUCAUAAAGAAGAAGGUCCUCCAAAUGACAGAACCUUCAUUACUACGUGUUAA